AUGAUCGGACAACAACGCAAUUGCAUCGGGCGGGCAGCAGGUAAUGCACCGAUACACUUCAAUCUGUACUCAUAUGAUAAGGCAACGUUUGCAUCGCUACUGAGAAGUGGCGCCAUUCCGAACUUGCCAAACAAGGAUGGAUUGACUGCUCUGCACUAUAUAUGCAAGGAAGCCGAUGACGACGAUGUGUUCUUGAUGAAGCUGUUAUUCGAGAUCAGCGACAGUAGACAUCAGCUGGAUCAUGUCAAUACUCAGGACAAUUCGGGCAAGACACCAUUAUAUUAUGCUACGACCAACUGUUGUAAACCAAAAAUGAUCCAAAUGCUGCUGAAAAGAGGGGCCAACCCGAAUUUGGCCGACGUGGAGGGAUUGACACCACUGCACAAAAUUUGCCUCAGAUUCGACGAUGAUAACUGCGUGGACGAUUUUUUUAAGUUCUGCGACGAUAACCAUCAGCUUGUGCAGGUCGAUGCUCGAGACAAGUUGGAUCGGACACCUUUACACUGCGCCGUGAUGAGUUUUUUGCCGCAUGUGGUCGAUGUACUCUUGGAUCGUGGAGCUGAUCUGACCAGUUUUGUUUUCCCAACUGAGAGUGAAUUUGAGACGGAGAACGGGCCCCGAUUUAAAUCAAAACUAGCUUUCGGUGCUGUGGGCGUCGUAGAAAGUCUUGAGAAGAAAGGAUACAAACUGAACGACGGCGACGCUCUAACGAUCAUGAAACUUUUCGCCAAAUACGAAUUGUUUGGGAAAUCAACGGAUAUGGAAAAAAUGUUGCACGAUAACGAGGAGUUUGUGAAUAAAGUAAAAAAUUUGCUGGUAUUUCCGAGGAUAAAGCUCGAUAAUGAGAAGAAAAGAGAAGCGAGAAAAAUCAAAAAGCGAUUAAAAAGUCCGAUUUUGUCGCUCUAUGACUUGUUAUCACAACCCGAAGAGGCGAAAAAACAAUACGCAUAUAAAGACUUCUUCAGCCUAGGGUUUUCGGCAUGGUGCGUUAAUAACAAACAUUUUAAGGAGGCCCACGCUCUGCAUCUGUGCGAAAAAAUGUCGAGGAGAUUUUUUCUUCGCUAUGCGUUAUAUCCAUUCUUGGAGUUGAUUCACUAUCGGUUUCCAAUUGAAAUGUGUGAAAUUGUCAUGAAACAUCUGAAGAACCAAGAUUUGUACAAUAUUUGCUUGGCGGUUAGUUGUCUACGUGAUAAGGGCAAUACAAAAUAA